AUGAUUUCAUUCACUGUACUUUAUUGUCUCGGACUUUGCUACGUGUACGCAUUGAACAUACAUCAUACAUAUGGGGUUAGUGGGAAAAGUCAUUACCGAGUAUCAAAGGAGCGGAAUUUACAAACGGGAAAGAACAACGAUGAAGGGACAUCGUCCCAGCGACGAACAAAAUGCGGAGACAGCACCGGGAACAAUAUCAAAUUAGGGGAUUUAAACAUCGGAAGCGUUAUUUCGCUACACCAUGCCAUUGAUAUAACGACAUGCGGCAAGGCGAACUACACACAACGCGUCAAACUCGCUGAAGCGAUUAAAUUUGCUGUAGAGAACAUCAACAGGCGGACAGACAUUCUCAACAAUGUGACGCUAGGGUACGUCAUUUUGGAUGAUUGUACGUCCACUACAAUGGCUUUGGCUAGAGCUCUCCAGUUCAUGCCACAAGAGAUGCGCGAACGUGGAAUCAGGCGCACGAAGGAUAACACUGGCUCUAGUGCCAACGCCAAGCAAGAAUCCCUCGUUUGCCACCCUGUUUCGAACUUUGAGACUACAUCGAAGACCACUGACUCCACACCACCUGUUGACGACAUCUCCGUUUCCAGCAUCACUUCGACGGGAUUUCUGACAACGUCUGAAUCCCCAUCAGUAUCCUCCAUCAACUCUACCUCUUUUCCCACAACCCACAAAGAGAGGGACAUCACUAUAGCAACGGAAAGCCAUCAGAAAGGUCUUGAUCGAAGGGAGGAGUUUUUCACGGAGUAUUAUGACGUAAUAGGAGUUGUGGGUGCCGACACGACAAAACUUAGCCUGGCCGUGUCUAGCAUUUUAACUCUCUUCCAAAUACCACAGCUUAAUCGAAAAUUUACUAACGACCUAUUUUGCGACUUGCUGUAUUUUCUUUCUUUCUUUCUUUCUUUCUUUCUUUCUUUCUUUCUUUUUUUUUUAAUAAGUCUCGAAAGUUUGGCCCGUGUCUUUACACAUUGA